GGGCCCUCCCCGGGUCGGACAGGGCUGGACUGGGAGCUGGCUGGGGGUCCCGGUGGGGCUGGGUGGUCUCUUCCCAUGUCCUCAUUGAAGGGUGGAGGCUGAUGUCUCAUUUCAUCCCCGUGAUACUGGCUAGUCCUACAGUCUGGGGACAUCUGCCAGGAAGGCGAUUAAGUGGGGAGCUCGGAGGUUCCCACGGGGGCCCAGGCCUUCUUGGAGUCUAGAAGCUGAGGGGCCUGGGGUAUAAAGACGGCCAUUGUUCUCUCCCUCAGACGGGGAUGCUCGUGUGAGAGCUGGAAUUAACAUUCCAAUGCGCCCGGUACCCUUCUGAGGGGGUGGGGGUGUGGGGCAAGGCUGGGAUCCACCCCCUGUGACCCUGCUAAAUGUGGGGCCAGCAAGGGGUGCAGAGAGACCCGGGCGGCAUGGAGGGGAACCUCCAAGAAACCAGCACCAAGGGCUCAGGGCUGUGCGGGGGGCAGGGAGAGCUCGGGGUUCCGUCUCAGAGUCCAGCCCCUCACUUACCAGGCCCCGGAGAUGCAACUUCAGGCCUGUGAGCUUUUCAAGCCUCUUAUAAAUAUUUUGAGACCUGAAAAAUAUUUUAUCAGCUCUGAAAUCGGAAAGGAAAAACCCCUGCAAAAUCAGCAUUACCCAAUGUUUAAUCGAAUGACUGCUAAACAUAAUAGCUAAUGCAAAGAUCCUUUUUGAGCCCUUUGUCCAUAAUGGCUCCUUUAAUCCUCACAAGGACCCUGGGGGGUAGGUGGUUUUAGUAUUUCUACCUUAGGGUUACAGAAGGCAAUCGAGGCACAGAGCAGUUAGGAAACUUGCCCAAAGUCACACAGCAGAGCUGGAAUUUGAACCCAGGCGGCCUGUGCUGCUCCAUCCAAUUCUUAUGGGCUUAAUUGUAAAUUAUUUGAUUUGGGGACAUUUUCAUUAUGUUUGAUGUAGGGAGGGGCCUCCCUGUCUUAAGGAGCUGCCUCUUGCCCUGGUGACACACCCUCCUUGUCCGUCUGCAUUUUCCCACAAGCCCCUGUGUCUCGCCUGUCGCUGGGGAGUCAGAGAGGUGGGGAGGCCCUUCCUAAAUCUAGAAGUUUCCAAGAGGUCUGACUCUCCUGAUAGAGUCUGUUGCCCUCAUGUCUUCCUCUGCCACUGCCCAGAGCCUGGUCCCCCAGGGUCCAAAUCUGUAAGGAAAUGAGAGGAAAUAUGAGGGCGAGGGGAUGGGAGCCACAGCAGGACGUUGCUCAGACGACGUGGCCUGUGUGUUCCUGGGGACCCCCGGGCAUCCUGGGGCCGGUCCAGUCAUCAGCGUGCCUGUUUUACGGAUCAGCAAAUUGGGGCUGGAGACUGUUCAUGGGCAGAUGGUGAGGGUCGGGAUGAAGGUGGGGUCCGUGGCCGACUCAUCGGGGCUGACGGGUUGAGGAGCCCAGUCCACCUGUCUCUUUAGCCCCGCUGGCUCGUGUGGCCCCAGCUGCAGGGGCCUCCGAUUCCCACUGUGGCCUCGGGACCCUGGUGUUUGCUCAUCAUUUCUCUGUUCAGACCCACCGUGGUACAAAGGUCGAAAACCUUACUGAGCUUUUCAACUUUGCUGCCAUCUCUUCCCCUGCAAAAAAGAAAAAGAGAAGAAAAAGAUACAUCCUGCAGAGAGCGUGGGAGGUUUUCACUAGAGGCAACUUGCCAGUUGUGGGUUCCUGUUCAGGGCAGAGGGUUGUCGGCCCUGCUCGGGGCCUGGGCUGGGUUUCAGCAGAGCUGUGGGCAGGGACUCACGUGUCCCAAAUCCGCCGUUUUCCUGGGUGGGCAGAGUGGCAGGAGUUGAGACUGGGCUACUGGGGUCCCCUGGGCCCUGAGAACCCAGGCUCAGCUCGGCCCACCCCCCGAGGUGUGUGAGUGUGGACACAUCCCUGCUGUGCCUCUCUGAGCCUCAGAUUGCUCCCGGGCUGACCCGAGGCUGCCGCGAGAGGGGGCGGAAGGCGCUCAGGACAUGUGGGUGACGUCCCUCGGGCCUCUCGUGACCUCAGGCAGCCGCUGGUGGACGCCCUGCCCUCCUGUGGCACCGAGCCCUGCGUGGGUCUCAUGGUGGAGCUCAUCGCGGCGGGGGAGGUGGAGGCAGACGAGGUGGAGGCGUGGCUCUGGUCGCUGGCCUUCAUCCCGCAGCCCACGGAUGCCAUGGUCCACAUGCUGCUGGUGAGCCCCUGCACCCCACCCCAGCCCCCGUGUUGUCCCUUCCCCGUGUGGCGGCUGACCUGCGCUCAUCUAGACUUUGUGCCAGCCCCUUGUGGGGCCAGUGGAGGCUGGUCAGAGAGACCUGGGGUUGAGUCUCAGCAAUGUGCCUCCCAGCUGUGUGAUCCUGGGCGAGUGACUCAACCUCUCUGAGCCUGUUUUCUGAUCUGGAAGAUGGGGAGGGAACAGUGCCUCCCCACUAGGCUCGUGGUGAGGAAUGAGAUGCUGCAGGCAAGGCAGUUCUCUGGGUGUCUGGCACGGAGUCGGAGCUGUUGUCGUUAUUGUAAACAAACAUAUUUAAUGAGUCCUGAGGUUAGGAAGGCGUGGGAAACCGGGCUGAGGAUUUCUGACAACACCUGGAACCUUGUUUAACCCUCGAGAUGCCUCUACGAAGUAGGUGCUCUUAUUACUCCCAUCUUACAGAUGGGGAAACUGAGGCCCAAGGAGGCUGAGGAGCUUGCCCAGGGGGACACAGCUCUCUCCCCUUCCCUUGGACUACAGGGCAUGUCCUUGCUUCCCUGGGGGUGCUGUCACUUAUCAUUCCUUACCCUGUCGUCCCAGACUGGUAGUGGCCAGGGAUCAGAGGUCACCAGCAGGGGGUGGGGGUGAGCACACGCUAGAGAAGUUGCAAAGACAGUACAGAUUCUUCCUGAAUACCCCGCCCCCAGCCUCCCCCAUUAUUAGCAUCUCCCAUCACCAGGAUGUCUUUGUUACAGCUAAGAAACUGGCACUGGCCAGACCCCAGCCCUUUCCCACUGCGGUCCUGUCUGUCCCAGGGUCCUGCCCAGGCUCCACACUGCGGCUGGUGGGUGUGUGUUUAAUUACACUUGAAACUACACAUUCAGGAGCCCACACUACACUCCAGGGUCCAGGCUGACGUUUUUACACCCGUGUGUGCCCGUGUAACCACCCCCAGAGCGAGAUACGGGACAUUCCUGGCUCCCAGGAGGCUCCCCGGUGCCCUUCCCAGUCAGUGACCCCAAGGCCAUCACUCAGUCUUGCCUGCUUCUGACAUUCACACCCCUGGACUCAUGUGCACCCUGGAGUCUGGUUUCUUUCUCCCACGUUCUCCAUGAGACUUGUCCAUGCACGUACAUGCGUGCGUGUGUACACGUGUGUGCGUACAUGUGUGUGCCGGACUUUGUUCUCUUUCCUUACCGGGCCGUCUCCUUUCUCAGUGGUGUCCUUUGAAGAGCGGAAGUCUUAGGUUUGGUCAAGCCGGCUCAUCCGUCUUUCCAGCGGGCGUUUCCCUCCCAAAGGUCCGGCAGCUUCCGGAGUUUUCUUCACCAGCUUUGCCGUGUAAUCUCUCGGGGAGGGUUGGCUUGGAGUCAAGGAGUGGGAAGGGGGCCGGAUGCGUGAGCGUCAGUGGCCCCUGGAAAACCGAAGUCACUUGUCUGAUGGUCAUGGGCUUGCGGAUAAUUUUGUCCAUCUUUAAAAAUUAAAAAAAAAAAAAAGGGAAAGUUUUAGACAGACUUUUAAUUGAAAUGUAACCAAAACUGUUUAAGUUAGGGAUUUUUGCAUAAAAAUCUGGCGUUUUGGUUCUUGUGAAAUCGAGGAAGCUGGCGGUGCUGGGCAGACCCCCAGGGCAGCCAUCACGGAACAGGGUUGUGACUGUCUGGACCCUCCCGGGGCCCAGGCCACGCUGGCCCACUGUCCAGGCCUGCAGCUCCCACGGAGCCGAGUGGCCCUAGCCUGCCCUUGGGGCGACGGGAGUCGUCCUCCGGGUGUCUGAGUGGCUUCCCUCCGUUUUUUCAUAACCCCUGCCCACCCAGCCAAGCCCCUUUCCCUCCUCUGUAUUAAGAAAACAGGCUGUGUUUUCAUUCGCCAAAUCUAGAAUAACACUGGAGGUGCUUGUCCAAGCCACACGUGUCCCCUCCUUUCACAAAGAAAACACACAUGGAGAUGCACAUGCACCAGGACUCACACACAUGGACCCUGAUGACACCCACACGGGGACACAUGCACACGCACCCACACUGAGACACACACACCAGGACUCACACACAUAUCCUGGGGGUGUAGAUGUACACACAGACAUGUCACAUAUGCACAUCCACACACACUGGGACACCCACACCUGGACACACACAUACACACCAGGAUACCCUGGGCCAUGUGUACAUAUACACCCUGGGACAUGCAUGGACACACACGGGGACACAUGCUCUGGCAGUACACAUGUACACACACACUGGGACACACUUAGGCAUGUGCACACAUGUGCAUGGGGACACGUGCACCAGGACAUGCACAUAUACUGGGAUGUGCAUGCACACAGACACACACACACACCGACAUGGGAAUGCACACACACACACACACUGAGAUUCUAAAGCACACGAACCCCGAGACGCACACGCAGACACCUGCGUGGACACCCGCGUGUGGGCACACAGGCCCGGCUGAGAACCACGGAUCCAACGGAAGGACAGAGCUGGUGCUGUGAUCGUGUUUCCCUCCAGCUGCCGGGCGGGCCCUGCUCUGGGGUGGCAUGUGUGGAAGGAUCUAGAGGGUCCAGCGUCUGGGGCCUGGUUUUCAUGAGGGAGCCCAGGCUUUGCAUUUUGAGAAGCUGUGAGUGUGGGGGUAGCGCCUGGCCUGGGGGCUGGACCCUCCAGGGUUAAGUCCUGGCUCCACCAUCUCCUGGCUGGGUGACCUCAGGCAAGUUACUUAACCUCUCUGUGUCUCAGGAUUAAAGCAAGUGAUUUACAGCAGAGCCUGUACAUAGGGAGUCCGUCUAAGUGUUGUUAAUUAAACACAUCUUUCUCCUUUUCCUUCAAGAGGCCUGGAGCCAGCGCUCCCUUUUCCUCAGUGUCCCCCACCCACCCCCGCCCCUUUGCCUUCCAGUGUCCCGGGGGUGGGGUGGCUGAGUGCCGCCUUCAGGCUCUGCCAAAGAGCUGGAAUGACCCUAGUCCCACCAAGACUGGUCUGGUCACCGCCACUGCGAGGACCCUGGAGGAGACGGCCCUGGUGGAGCUGGGCGGGUAGAGCCGUCUGACCCCCAAAGGAGGGCUGGGGUCUCCUCCUGCUCCUCAGGGAGCCGGACUCAGGGGCCCCAGCAGGUGCUUUGGGAUCGGGCGGGACGAGGGAGUCCUGAUUCGGGGGCAGUUUCAGAGCUGGUGGAUAAACACAGCCUUUGUGAAAGAUUCAACGAUAGAAGCGUGCAAUUAGAGAAACGCUACGCAAACAAAGGUAACAGAUCCUUGUUCCCAGCUGUCCUGCUCCGCUGCCCCGUGUCCACGCCCUCCGGCUUCUUUGUGUUGGCAGUGUCUGUGUGUGGACCCGCCACGGCACCGUGUGCCUGCCGCCACCCGCCACACGCCAUCCCUCUGGGCUCCUCGUGCACCGAGCUGCUGGCACCGCCGUGGCGGGAACACUUCGGCUGCGGACGCUGGCGAGCGCUGCGCGUGGGGGCUGUGUGUUGUCCCUGGCUGGGCAGGUGGGCGGGGCGGUUGCUGCCGUUUGCCCCAGUACCACUGGCCGUGCGCUGCCCUUUUGGGUCUUUCCGAUUAGAUGCAGAGCCGCCUCUGUUAAGAACAAAAUGUCUAAGUGCUCAGAGCGAGUCCUUUCCCCUUUCCACCUUUUUUGCCCAAUUCCUAUCGAGACCCUGAUGGAAGAGCAAGGCCACUGCCAGCAGGAGGGGUGCCCCCCAGCCCUCCCCAGGUCCUCAUGGUGCCAGUCGCCCCAGCUGGCAAGCGGGCGGUGUGGUGGUCUCGGAGCCCCCUCCAGCCGCCACCUCCGUCCCUCUUCCUCCCGGAGAGAUGCUAAACGGGAGGCUGGUGACGCUGGUGGGGGAAGCUGACCUGGUUGGGUGGCAGGGCCCAGCUCUCCUCUGGAGGACCCCUCACCGGCCUUCUUGGCGGGGGUGGGGGCCGGUUUCUGUCCCCAGCCGCUGCUGCAGACCCCGGGGGCCAGCCCCAGCACCUUCCUUGGCCUCUCAGCCCUGGUGCACAGCGUCUGUGCCACCCUGGAUGGGCCCUGCGGGCAGCUGCCAGGCGUUGGCUCCCUCGUGAGCAUCCUGGGAGAGGCGCUGGGUGCAGACUGUGCCUUCCAGGAGCCCUCAGACGCUGACCAGCUCCGGCUCGUGCUGAAGGCAGUCGGCAAUGCCGGCCUGGCAGCCACCGCCCUCACCCCCUCGCUGAGCGCCUGUGCGUCCCUGCGGAGCCGCCCCCCUGAGGUCCGGCUGGCAGCCAUCCAGGCCUUCCGGAGGGUCCCCUGCUCUGCGGACGUGAGCCCCCACGUGCUGUUUCCCUGGGCUUGCGGUGGGCGGUAGUGGGUCUCCAACCAGUGUCUGCGGAUUCCCUUCUUCAUUUGGUCGUUCUUUCCUCACGUAUUUCCUGACACCUACUGUGUGCCGGGCGCUGGUGUGACGAGGUGACCCCAGGUCUCUGUUCUCAUGGAGCCUGUGUCUGGAGUGGGAGGCAGAUAUUCAUCAGAUAAAUACACAGAUGAGCAGACGAUUGCAAACCAUGGAGAAGCCAUCCUGGGCUGCAGACCCCGUGGUUUGGGGCUUGGCAAGCUGAGGCCCAUCGCUCCCGCCAGCUUGCUGCCUGUUUCUCUGUGUGAAACUGUGUUGGGCUGCGUUCUUGCUACCACUGCAGAGUUGAGUCGUUGCAGGAGAGACUGCUUGGCCCGCAAAGCCAAAAAACUUAGUAUCUGUCCCUUUAUGGAAAAAGAUCGCGGAUCCCUGGACCAGUGGCUCCUCUCUCCUUAGUGUCAAAGCCAGAGUCCUUACAGGGACCACCCGGGCCCUAUGGGAUCUGACUGCUGGCCCACUGGCACCUCUCGACUUCAUGUCCUAAUUCCCUCGCCCCCCAACCCCCACCCCCGGGUCUCCCUGUUGUCUGCCUCAGGCCCUUUGCACGUGCUGUUCUCCAUUCCUGGAAUGCCUUUCCCCUAAAUAUCCCCAGGCUUCACUCCUUCACCUCCUGCAGGUCUUUACUUAAAAAUCACUUCCACCGUGGGCUCCUCCUUGGCUGUUUCACCUGAAAUGGAACCUCUCAGGUCCCCCCCCCCACCCCCCCACCACGCCUCCCGCUUCCCCAUUUUAUUCUUCCCUCUUUAGCACUUGGUCCCACCCAACAGACUCUAUAUUUCAUACAUCAACCUUGUUUACCAUCUGUCUCUCUGACCUAGAGCAUAAGCUUCAGGUGGACGGGUGCUGGGUUUGUCUUGCUCACAACUGUCACCAGCACCUAGCACAGUGCGGGGCGCAUAGUAGGCGCUCAGUAAAUAUUGCAUGAGUGCAUGGGCGGACGGCUGUGCGAUGGAGGAAACCGGCAGGUGCUGAGGGAGAGAGGCCCGGGCUGGGGGAGGCGGCUUGCUUGGUAAGGGAGCCGGAAGCCAAGCCCUUUGGUGAUACCCGCCGUGUGUCAGGCACUUUUGUAAAUAAAGUUUUAUUGACAUGCAGCCGCGCCCACUUGUUACAUGAAAUGGACGAGGCUCUGGGCUGGGGCUGCGGGAGGACCGGGGGUCAGCAGUGAGCGGGGAGCCUCCCCCUCCCACAACCGGGCCCCGGGGCGAGGAGUGUCGGGGAGCCGUGGAGAUGUCAGCAGAGCUGGGGCAAGGCGGCAGAGCCACUGCUGGGGCCCAGGCAGGGCAGGAGCCGUGCGGUCCUGGUGGAGCGGGUGGGCCCUGGGUGAUGGCCUUCCCUCUGCCGGAGCCAGCGAUCCGCGCUCGCCCGCCUGUACCAAAGCCCCGAGGAGGACGCCGAGAUCCGCAUCAACGCCUACCUGGCCCUGAUGAGGUGCCCCGGAGAGGAGCUGUUUGCCCUGGUGCGGCGCACCCAGGCAGGCGAGCGAUCUACCCAGGUGGGCUCCUUUGUGUGGAGUCACCUCCUGCAGCUGCUGGAAACGGACGACCCCCUGAAACAGGCCUUCCGACGGGCCCUCCCCGAGGACAUCGUCAGCCGGGAGUUCCGUCUGGAGACCUGGAGACACUCAUCCUAUUCUGACAUCACUUUCCGCUCAGCAUCUGGCAGCCUGGGAGCCAACAUGGAGGGGACCCUUCUCUUCUCUCCGGCCUCCUUCCUCCCCCGUUCUGCCACGGCCAACCUGACUGUCCACGCCCUUGGUCGUGCCUUCAACCUCCUGGAGCUGGGGCUCCGGCUGGAAAAUGCCGAAGAAAUCGCCGGCAAGCUGUUUGGUCUGAAGUCCUUCUGGGGGCAGGAGGAGGAGAGAGAGGCCCACCCGGAGAAGCCCCCCGAGCCAGAACCAGGGCCCACAGCACAGGCAGCCAGCCCUGACUGUCCAGGAGAAAGAUCCAGAAAGAUGAGAGACCUGCAGCAGAAGGUGGCCCAGAGGCGCGGGGAGCGGCGGGCGCUGCGCUGUGAGCUGAGCAUGAAGGUGUUCGGGCACGAGCUGAGCUUUGUCGACUGCGGGGAGACGGGGAGUCCCACCAGACGCCGGUCCCUGAGCCUGGCUGAGCUGGCCAUCAGGCUUCUGAAGGGGCAGGAGGUGCAAGUGAACCGGAGACUGAACCUACUCUUGGAGGAGCUCACCUUCCCCACCAUGUCUGGCCUCCCUGCCCGGCUGGCCCUGAACACCUCCGCCGCCAUCAGUGUCCGGGUCCGAGGGACCGCCGACUUCCAGCGCCUCUCGGAUUUCUCUGUGAAUGGUUAUGUCAAGCCCAGCGCCCUGCUCCAGAUCUCGGCUCAGAUGGGCACGGCGGGCGCCCUGGGGCAGGCCGGGCUGAGGUGGGUGACCGGCGUCCGUGGCACGGCCAGCCUGGACGGCGGGGUCCAGGCGAGAAGGGGCCGGGACCUCAAGGUGCACCUGAACAUGCCCGAGGAGGAGGCCGUGGAGCUGCUCAGCUUCAGCUCUAAGCUGUACCUCGUCACUGCGGAUGGCGCACGGACCCUCGGUCACGUUCCCGGCCCUUCCGAGGCCCGAUCCUGUACCCACAAGGAAGUGGCCCACACCUGGGGCUGGCAGCUGUGCACGGAAGUGGCCUGGCCGGCAGCUGGUCAGCCCCACCUGCUCUCAGUGCCCGUGUCUGCGGCGGUGACGCUGAAGAAGCAGGACCGCGGGCUCCAACAGUAUCUGCUGGAAGCCGCCUAUACCGUCCACCCCCAGAAGGACAGCUGGCUCCCUCAGGAAGCAUCCGCCCACCUCUUCAUGGGCACGCCCGGGUCCCACGUGCCCAGGGAUGUUGCGCUGGACCUCAGCUACAGCUGGCCCCAGGGGAAGUUCCGGCUGAAGCUUCUCCACCCCAGGAAGAAGCUCGAGCUGGACGGAAAGAUGGAGACGCUCCACAGCGGCCGCGUGGGUCACCUGGAGCUGAUACUGGAUGACAGGGACGUCUACUAUGUCAAGGGCUGGAGCGACCUGCGGCCAGCGGCGGGCAAGGAGGCCCAGCGGUUCGAGGCCCAGCUGGAGGUGAAGCUGGUGACAGCGGGCAGCCCCGUGGUCAUCGCCGGGAACCUCAGCCGGCAGGCGGGGAGCAAGUUGGCAUUUUCCGUGUUCCUGAACAACCUGCUGAGGGACCAGGCCCACCUGUCAGCGCUGCUGGAGAAGAAGGCAGAGGACAGGCUGCAGGUGGUGACCCUGGGCGGCGAGCUCUUCGUGCCGGGGCUCGUGGGGCUGCGCGCCGGGGGCCUCCUGCGGCAGCGGGGCGGCCUCUGGACCAGCUCCCUGAGCGUCAAGUACGGCCUCCUGGGUCAGGCGAAGCAGCCGGCUCAGGAGUGCAGCACCGGCCAGAAGCUGCGGGCGGAGAGCAGCCCGGAGGGCGCCUACCAGCUGGAGCUGGACCACGAGCUCCACUGCACACAGCUCCCGGUGUUCAGCCACAAGGUCCAGCUCCGGCAUGAGGAUGGCCCGGGCCGCCUGUACUCGCAGCUGGAGGUGAGCUACGGGAAGCAGUGGGGCGAGAGCAGCAAUAAGAGGCGAGUCCGCCUCAGCCAGACCUUCCAGAACGACUCCGGCCCGGCCCUGAGCAGCUACUUCAUGGAGUUCGUGCUGCAGGUGCCCGUGCGGCAUGUGGAUUACCGCAUGCAGCUGCACCACUCCAGCCUCCGCCAGCCCCACGUGCAGAGCAGCACAUACCUGAAGGUGCAGUGCAAUGGGCGGCUGCCCUUCGUGGCAGGCUUGCAGUGGAAGGACACGUCCCGGGCCACCCUGUGGAAGUGGGAAGGAGGCUUGAACCUGGACAGUCCGUGGCUGACGGUCUCUGCGGUGCACAGGCUGUCCUGGCCCCACCCGGCCACGUUCCAGGCUGUCCUGGAGCUGACGCUGGGCAAGGCCUGGACUCUCAAGAACCUGGUGAUGAACGUGGCCUGCAGGAGCCGGGGCCUCGACAGGGAAGGCAAGAUCCACGUCUACACCCCAGCUACCACUUACCUCCGGGUUUCCAUGGUGACGGCCCUGGCACGGAGCCUCUUCCGCAGCCGGAGUGAAGUCGAAACAGCCUGGAGUGCGGCCAUGCAGAGUGAGAUCCGGGCUGAGAACAGCCGGGACCGUAAGAUCCUUCACUGCUGGUUGAAUGGCCCCCAGCGGGAGCUGAACCUAACGGCAGCCUACAGGCACGUGGAGCAGCCCCGGAAGACCCACGUGUCGCUGACGGCUCUGGGGACCAGUGCUGGGGGCCAGCCUCGGGGCCUGCAGGUGGAGGGCGACCUGGAGGAGCUGACGCGCGACAGGGUGUCGUACCAGAAGCGGGGGACCUUCCUCCUUAGGCACCCUUGGACUCCACGCAUCCCACAGAGCAUCCUUGUGCAGGAGACCUUCACGGCGGAGAAGCUGCACCAGCGGUACUCCCUGGAGACCAGGGUUGUCCUGGAUGGCCGAGCAGAGACCAUGCAGACCAUUGUCCUGGGCUACGAGGCGGGACACCCCUAUGUCUGUGCGGGCCUGACCCACCCAUACAGCGGCUCGGCCGUGCCCGGGAGCCUGGAAGGGUGCGCGCUUGCUUGGAAUCGACGCGCCGCGAAGAACAGGGAGUUCGAGGGCACUUUGAAAGUCGACCAGAAAGUUGUGCUGCAUCUAAAGGGUCUGCACCGUGACAGAUCUCAGCGUGGGGCCAUCCGGCACCGCCUGGCCCUGGACGCCGCCCACUCCUCCCAGCUGAGGUUCCCCCAGGCCCUGAGUUUGGAUGGGGACAUUGUCUUCAGGUGGAGUCCCCAGGGAGCGUUCGAUGGCAGCGUGGACGCAAGGGCUGACGUCAACCACAACAGCACAUCCCAGGUCUCGCUCCAGCUGAACGGAUCUGACUCCCACUUGGUGUUUUUCUUCCAGCUCAGACAUCCCCACGGACUGACAUCUCCUCCAGACUUACAGGUUCGGACGGUGCAGGCGGCCGCCAGGCGUUAUGGAGAGCGCAGCCUCGGUGGCUCCCUGUCUGUGCACACGGCCGGCCGGGAGCUGGUUCUACUGGAGGCUGACGCCAGCCAGGACACCCGGAGAAGCGGCCGGGGCUGGGGACUGAGCGUCCUCCUCCGCCAGGCGGCCUGCAGAGCCCCCGGGGCUGUUCAGCUGCAGCUGUCCGGCAAGGUCGCCCCAGCCAGGAUCUGGCUGCUGUCCAGGGCGCUGCUGGACCAGGACGCGGCAGAGCUCAGCCUCAGGGCGUCCGCGGAGCGCAGGCGAGGCCGGGUCCUGACGCUGCAGAGCCGGGCGCAGCACACGGUGGCCGGCUGGGCGGCCCUGCCCCGCCUCCUGACCCUCAGGGCCGUGCUGAAGCUGAUGGAGACGCUCAGAGAGGGUACCAUCAAAGUCACUGCUGACUCAGCUGUGCUGGGCUUCCUCCUGCGGGACAAGCAUGAGAAGGCAGGGAACAGCACCAGCGUGCACAGCGUGACCUGCAUCCUCGCCCAGAACAGCAGCCAGGCCUUGCCAGGGGAGCUCUGGCUGAGAGGGCGGCUGCAGGCUCAGCCAGGAAGCCGUGGGGGCCAGGCCAGUCUCCGUGCCAAAGCUGGCAGCCUGGCGCUGGGUGGGGCCUGCACCUGGGGCCCUGGGCACGGCCAGCUUUCAGGCAGCCUGAGUCAUAACGUCAGCACCUUGAGUGGGGCAGGACUCCCCUCGGAGGCAGAGAUGCUCCUGUCACACACCCACGCGGCUUCCAACCUCUCAGUGCGCAUGGCCCUGCGGAGCACGGGAGGUCAGCUGGACGCUGCCCUCGGCCUGGAGGGCCCGGCUCCCGGCGCGGGGGGCAGCCGGCUCCGCGCCAGCCUCGGCCACACGGUGCCCAGCCUCCGGCGCUGGGGCCUCCCCUUCUCCGUGGACGGCGCCGGGCACUUCCAGAGCACGGGACCCAGGCUGGCGGCCGGGCUGACCGCGAGUGUAGACGGCCAGCAACUUCGCGUGGCCCUGGAGCGGAGGGGAGAGGGCGGCCGCCAGGGGCUGGCGCUGGGCCUGCACCACGGCCGAUCGGGGCUCCAGGUCAACUGCAGUGGAGACGCCUUGCCUGCCCAGCUGUCAGGACUGUGCUGGGGACACGUCGACGGGUGGUGGCCUCUUGAGAAUCCGGCGGUGCUGUCCUUGAAUGGCUCCUUCCUGGUCCACGCCUCCGCGGCCAGCCUGGCGGCUCAGGUAUCUUCCGCGGACUCAUUCGCCCGGGCGCACGUCCACACAUCCCGCGGCCACAGUGCCCACCUGGACGCCAGCCUCCGGCAUGUGUGGCCUCCGCUUCAGGCUCUGGGGGUUGCCCCCGACAACCACAUCCGAGUGUCCGUGGGGGGAGAUAAACCCCUCAGGGCCCAGCUGGAGCUGGCCCUGGGCCCAUGCACCCUGAAUGCCUGGGGGGACGUCAGGACUGAGGCCACACACGCCAACUGGACCCUGUCUCUGGAGAAUGGCUGCCCCCCUCUGGAGGUAAGCUCCUUCCCCACCGGUGAGCGCAGAGUCCUGGCAGGGACCCUACUGCCCUCCACAAAUUAUUACCUGCCUACUGUAUGCCCAGCUCUGCCCUGAGCACGAGAAACUUCUUUUUUUACCCUAGUCCCUUGAAUUUGGGGCCUUAUCAACCACAAAGCUUUGAGCCAAA